AUGGCGAGCACCGCGGUCAAGUCCGAGUGCGCUGCAGCCCAGUGGGGGGAAUCGCCACCCCCCGCCAGCCCCCCUGACGAAGAUUGGAACAACCGAGCCUGGGAUUUUUCAAGCCACGACCACGGGCCCCUGCGCGCUCACGUCGCGCUCCAGCUGACAUACCUGCUGCAGACGAAGGGGGGCGGGGGCAUUUGGUGUGCCCGGGGCGAGCUGGGUGGGUUCGUCGCCCGGCUGGAGGAGGCGCUGUACAGGACAGCUGCGUCGAUCGACGAGUACGCGGACGCGGGCACAUUGGAGGCCCGGCUGCGGCGGGUGGCCGAGGCGCUGCUCAGGCGCGCGCGGGCGGCCGAGUCGAGCCGUUGA